AUGGGGGCCGACCAACUCCGAAGAGCCCUGCAGCGGGCCCAGGGCCGCAUGGAUGCGGAGCACCGUGUCGCCACCACGACCUGGUGCGCUCCGCUCUCGCUCUUUGACGAGGCGGCCCAGCGCCAUGCAGCGACUGGAGGCAUCCCAGAUUGGGCGAUCCUCACGGUGCUCAAGGCCAGGCGCCUGGUAGAGCAAGCGGCCGGCCUCGGCGACCUCACGGAUGUCUACGAGGAGAAGGGUAGAAUGUCCGGUGCUGCCAUUCAGACCGUUGGUGGCGUCAUCACUGUCCUCGCAUAUCUGCAGUACGCCAUUGGUGGCGAGAAGGCUGUUGUGCGGCGUUCUAUGGACACAUACCUGGCUGGAUCUUCAGACGCCUUCAAUCUGGCCGGCAAGUUCUGCUUGGUACUGUACGAGGGAGAGAGGAGGUGGCACGAGCGAUUGUUGAUCCACCAAGUGCGGGCGAACCAGGACAGCCGCACGAGUGGGUGGUUCGUCAUCGCAACUCCCGACGGUGAUGUCUAUGCAGAAAGCUUGGCUCCGCCCAAUGUGUUGGGCAUGGUGGUGCUGGAUGACGGCCGCGCUCUCCCUCCAGGACUGGCAAGGCGCAACGUCUACCGCUUUGAGGACGGAGUGGUGGGGCAAGCCCCCGGGGCUGGCCAAAUGGCCCACCUUCGAGGUACAGCCGCUCCGGAGUUACAAGCAGUGCAGCUCGAGUUUGACAGCCUGGUCGCGCCCGCUGGACCUGCCGCUCCAGUCGCCGUUGCUCCAGCCGCUCCCGUUCAGCCUGCAAGCCUUGAACCCGCAGCUGGGCACUCGUGGGUGGUGGCCACAAGUGACGGAGCACGCGUUCGUGGCAGCUUGGUCCCCUUGCAACAGGUUGUCAGUGGCCACCAGACGGCUCACAAGGGUGUGGCGGCCCUUACAGAUGGGUCUGUGGUGUUCGUGGAGCUUGUCGCCAACCAGGACGUUGCCACCUACGCCAAACCAGCAUCGCCGACGCAGCUUGCUCCUCAGGCACUGGCCCCUGUUGUUGCUCAGCCAAGUCAAGCAGACGAUGCACGGACCCUUGCAGUGCGCUACAAUGCAGAGGGCCAGCGUCGGCGUGAGUUUCGUGAAGCGGUCGAGAAGUCCACCGAAAGUGCGUGGACGGAUUGGCCAGUGCGUGGCCCGCGUACCGCAAAGUGGGUGGGGCAGUACAUUGCCAACAAUGGCGGCUCCACUUUCGCGAUGCAUAACGCGUGGAGGAGCAACAGUCGGCUGCAACCUUCAGACAGUGGCGUGCUGGAACACGAGUCCAUCUGCAAAGCAUUGGAACUGGCGCUGGAAUAUGACCAGCUCAACCUGGGAGAGCUGGCAUGCGUCGAACUCCUAUGCAGACGCCUGCAGAUGCUUCAGUACAGGCGGCGUGAGCGCGUUCUUGGUUCUGCAGCCAGCGGGACUCUGGACGACGAAAGCCACUACUUCCUCGGAACAGACCCUACACGAGGCAACUUGUGCGUGUGCCCGGCCCUCAACUCGUGGCUGGGGGAGGAGUUACACAAGGAACACCUUGCGAACAAGGAGCAGCGCAAAGCCCGAGAAGAGCGCGCCCUUGUGCGAACCGGGAAAAACAAGCUGCCUGAAGCCGAGACCGGGAUCUUCAAUCCGAACAUCUGCCGGGCCACCCGUCAGAGAAUUAAAAGGAGGCAAGCUGCCGAUGCCUGGAUGCAUGAAGGAGUGUGCACCAUCAAUGAACUUUAUGGGAGACCUACCAGUGGCAUCGGCGCGCCCGUUGGUGCACACGCCGAGGUGCUGACGAGACUUGAACGUCAGUAUCGGCGUGUUGGCGCCCCGGAGCUUCAUCCCGAAGAAGCCCUCACGGCGCUUCUCGGCACCAUGACGACCUACAGUGACGAUCGCAUGGUGUGCAAGGCGGUUUUUUGCGAAGACUUAGUCUCAUGGCCGGAACCUGGCUGUCUCCCUGUUGAGAUAGCAGACCUUCUGGAACCGGCAGUCGGAAACUUGCUAAAACCGCAAGGCAUUGAAGAGCUUCUUGCUGAAGAACGAGAGAUGAGUCCUUCUGAGCCUUUGAAGCCGUACGUAGAUUCUGUUCUGGCUCACUCUCCCAAACACAUGGGAAGAUUUUUAAGCAGACUCGCCGAGUCUAAGAUGUUAGAUUUUGUGCCUGGCACGCGAGCCCACACUGUCGGAGUGUUUUUUGUUCACAAGAAGAAUGGUAAGCUCCGUCUCAUUCUUGACACCCGAGCGGCUAAUCAGUUCUUCAAGCCCCCUAGGCACAGUAAUCUCCCUACUCCCUCCGCUUGGUGCAGCAUCGAAGUUGAAGAAGGUGAGAAGCUGCACACAGCCACAGGAGAUGUCGCUGAUGCCUUUCAUCGCAUGCAGUUGCCGAAGCACCUCCGGCAGUACUUCCGGCUGCCGGCGAUACAGUGCAAGUACCUGGCGAAAAGCAGCUGGCCACUCGGGUGCAAGGCCCAAGACUAUGUCACUCCAGAGUAUGCAACGCUACCUAUGGGUUGGUGCUGGUCUCUGUUCUUUUGUCAAGAGUUGCUUCAAACUGCAGCUCUGCGCGCGGGAUUGCGACAGGAGGACAGAAUUGAGGAUCGAUGUUGGGUUGGGCCUGUCUCGGAGGGCAGGGUCCUGCAUGCCCAAUACGUCGAUAACUUUUUCGUUUCUUCAGGCGAUCCUGCGCUGACGCAAAAGUACUUUGACAAGAUGAAGACAAUCCUUGAAGAAUGGGGCUUUGGGAUACACGAGGUCACUGGAGCUCAGACUGUUGUCGAGGGGCUUGGGUUGGUCAUAGAUGGCGAAGCCAGCCAAAUCUCGCUGACACCUCGGCGGAUUUGGAAGCUGCGCCUUGCAGCUUUGGCGCUGCAGCGGCGCCAAGGCGCACCGAGCCCUAAGAUCGUUGAGAAGGUUCUUGGGCAUUUCACCUUUGCCAUGCUGCUUAGGAGGGAAACGCUUUCCAUUUUCAAGUUUGUCUACCAGUACUGUCACCGCGACCGCCCUGACAAGAUCCUUUGGAAGUAUGCCCUCAAAGAGAUCCUUCAAGCCUCUUCCUUGCUUCCUCUGAUGACGGCAAACUUAAGCAUGCCGUGGGACGCCACACUCACAGCCACUGAUAGCAGCGAAGUCGGCUACGGGGUUUGUGAGCGUACAGCUGAUCCCGCUGCUGUCGCCGGAACGGCCAGGUGCAGCGAAGCUUGGAGGUUCUCCGUCGAAGGCUGCAUCAAAGCCCGCGAGAGCGCCCUUGGCUUAGAUGAGUCCGGGGACGGCCUUCCAGACUUGCUACAGCACGAGUGCGCUCGGACAUGCGAGAGGGAUUUUCGUGAAGUACACCCGAAUCUUCUGGAUGCUUCAGAAUGGCAUAUAGUCUUUAGUGGAGCUUGGGAUUUCACUGAAAAUAUUUUGCGAACUGAAGGGAGAGCGCUUGUUAGUGGCAUCCGGCACAAACUGCGCUGUCGCCGCAGUUUAGGCAAGAGGCAUGUUUGUUUGGUUGACAACCUCGCGCUCGCCCUUGCCGUCACCAAGGGCCGAGGGCGCAGCCAGCUGUCGAAUCGAACAUGCCAGGAGCUUUGCGCCUUGGCCCUAGCCGCCGAUUGCAAGUUCACUACUCGUUGGGUGCCGUCAGAGCGGAAUUGCGCAGACAAGCCCUCACGCUUUCCGCGUCUUUGCCCUCUCAAAGACUUUGAGCUCGCCUGUGGCUGCGCUCGAGGCUCAGUGACAUGUGCAUCCCGCCCUGGGGAAUUGCCUUCUGACGGCCAUGGCUUACGAGACCCGGGUGCUGAGCCGGCCUGGGUCGUCGCCACUGCUGACUACAGCACGGGGCGUCAAGCGAAGCCGGCAGAUGCCCCCUUUAGCUGCCGGCACCGCGCAGACCGCUAUGCAGCGGUUCUGCAGACCUUCAUGCAGUGGUCGCGGGCCCAUCAAGACAUGAGUUCCUCGUGGGAUGCACUCCUGACAGCGUACAUCAACGAGUUGUACGCCGAGGGGGCGAAUGUUUCCGCCGCGGAGUACGUUUUCGCCGCUUUUCGACAUCACUUCCCCUCUCACGGCAAGCAUGGUGGAAACCCAAUGCCCAGGAGCAUCCAGGCGCUAGAAGGCUACCGGCUGCUGGCGCCCCCGCAAAUGCGCCUGCCAACCCCUCGAAUAGCUUUCGUGGCGGUGGUAGGAUGGUUCCUUGUCAAGAUGAUGGUCGCGAUGGCAGUGGCUUUGCUGCUGCAGUGGGACCUGCUGCUACGACCAGGCGAGCUGAUCGGCAUGAGCCCCUCGCAGUUGGUCCCACCCACAGAUCUUGCAAGUAUGAGGCGGUGGGGAGUAGUGCUUGCCCCGAGCACGCUUGGAGAGGCAAGCAAGACAAAUGUGUUCGACGACAGCGUCCUGCUCAGCCACGACCUCGAGUUCCUGCUGCCGGCGUUAGGCGCAUUGCUGAAGACACGGGCGGGUGCGGUGAAUCUGUUCCCCUUCACUUGCGCGCAACUGGCGGCAGAGUUCAAGAAAGGCGCGGCGGCUUUGGGCUUAGAUCAUCUUGGCCUCACUCUGUACGGCAACCGACAUGGAGGCGCAAGCGAGAUGCGCUUGAAGGGCAUGCCGUUGUCGGAGAUCAAGAGGCGAGGCAGGUGGGCGACGGAUACCAGCUUGAGGAGGUACGAAAAGGCCACCUUGGCUCAGCAACAGGUCCACAAGGUGCCUGGGGCGACUCAGCUGUAUGGCAGCUUCGUAGAAAGCAGGCUAAGAUCUGCGACACACUUGAUGUCAGCGGCGCUCUCGCAGACAGGCGACGGUGCCCUGACAGCUUUGAGCAACCACUUCCUGCCGCUACC